AUUUAACCCUCAUUUCUUGACUUAUAAAUUGUUAUUUCUCAGAUUGCAGAAUAUAUUUCCCUAGUUUCCACAUUAUGGAUACAUCUCUAAGUGACUUCGAUAGUUUCAGCGAGAGCAGCAGUUAUGAUGAUCAGGAUUAUGUUGAGUAUCUGUAUGGUGGGCAUGCCUGUUCUAUUCUUUCAAGUCUUGAGGAAAGCAUCGGUAAAAUCGAUGAUUUCCUCUCCUUUGAGAGAGUGUUCAUGUAUGGGGACAUUGUAUGCUCAGAAAAAGACCCAUCUGGACAGAUGGGAAAAGUGGUCAACGUCGAGAUGACUGUUGACCUGGAAAAUAUUUAUGGAAGCAAAAUACGAGAUGUUAACUCAAAAGAUCUUCUGAAAAUACGUUCCAUUUCAGUUGGGGAUUAUGUAGUGAUGGGCCCAUGGCUUGGGAAAGUGGAAAAGAUUGUCGAUAAAAUUACAGUUCUCUUUGAUGAUGGUGCAAAGUCUGAUUUCUCAGCAGAAGGUUCAGAAAGACUCACACCUAUUUCCCCUGAUUUAGUUGAAGACCCACAAUAUCCUUUCUACCCGGGACAAAGGGUUCAAGUUCAGUCUGUAUCUGCCUCCAGGUCAACCAACUGGUUAUGCGGUAUGAAAAGUGGCAAAAGAGAGCAAGGUACCAUUUACGCUGUGGAGGCCGGAGUCGUGCAUGUAGAUUGGAUUGGCUGUGGCAGUCUUGGUUGUGAAAAGAUGCCCAGCCCUCCAAAUUUGCAGGACUCAGAAAAGUUGACCUUGUUGUCUUGCUUCUCCCAUGCAAAGUGGCAGCUUGGAGAUUGCUGUGUACUUCCAGUUGCUGACUCUUUGCGACAAAGUAUUCAAAGCUCACCUUCCUGUGGAACAAUGGAAGAGGAUAGGCAGCUAAACAAGGCAUCUCAGAAAAGUAAUAAGAGCUUAACUGUUCCGCAAGUUGCUGUAAUUUCAAGGACAAGGACAAAAGUUGAUGUUUUAUGGCAGGAUGGAAGCGUGGCUAUUGGAUUGGACUCAGAUUCUGUUUUUCCUGUCAAUAUUGUGGACGCUCAUGAGUUUUGGCCAGAGCAGUUUGUGCUUGAGAAGGGAAUGGGUGAUGAAUCGUCUGUUCCCAGUCCAAAAAGGUGGGGUGUGGUGAGAUGUGUUGACGCAAAGGAGCGAACUGUGAAGGUAAAAUGGACAACAUUUUCCUUGAAUGAACCAAAUAACUAUAGGGUAGAGCAAAGUGAAGAAAUUGUGAGUGCAUAUGAAUUGAUGGACCAUCCAGACUACUCAUACUGUUUGGGUGAUGCGGUUUGCAAGUUUUGUGAGGAUCAGCUUUUCAGUCUUGAUGGAAAGAGUUUAAGUACACAUAUGUUUUCUGAGACUGGCAUGGACUGCAACUCUGAUCUUAAGAAUGUUGAUACUGGAAAAGAUAAUUUGGAUAUCCCUAGUUAUGAUCACUUAUCUUGCAUUGGUAUUAUUGUUGGCUUCAAAGAUGGCGAUAUUGAAGUAAAAUGGGCUACUGGUUUUACAAGCAUGGUUGCACCCUUUGAGAUCUACCGGAUAGAUAAAUGUGAGGCUGCUGUUUCCAUCACUGCACCCCAUGCUGAAAAUGCUGAGCCAUCAGGUGUGGAGAUGAAUUCAAAUGAAAGUCAACUUUCAAAGGAUGAGGAAAAGGACUUGUUGAAGUUUGGUGGCAACAGUGAAAGUUGCAAUGAGAGCUUGUGGGACUCUGGUUCCUGUUUGCUUUCUCGAACUGCUGUUGGCUUUUUCUCUAGUAUCACCUCAAGUCUUUUUGGCUCCUUGAGCACAUCACUGUUUGGUACAUACCAAACUAUAUCAGAAGAAGGGCAGAAAUCAAGGAUUGUUGAUGAGGAGGAAGUCAUAGAAGUUAGCAAUGUGAAUGCAGGAAUUCCUGCAUUUGAGGUAGGAGACUUGAAGGCUUCACCUGAAAUGGAGCUAAAGCAAGGACAGGAAACAACUGAGGGCCAAAAAGAUGAUGCUUUGCCGUCUUCCAGCAAGCUGCCUGAACAUUUUCAACAGUUUGAUGUGGUCACUGGUUUCUCAGACCACCAUUUUGCAGAUGGUGCUGGAAAGGCCCAGUUAUCCCAGGUGAGAAGAGGUUGGCUGAAGAAGGUCCAGCAAGAGUGGAGCAUUUUGAAACAUGAUCUUCCUGAGUCUAUCUAUGUACGCGUCUAUGAGGACAGAACUGAUUUGAUUCGAGCAGCCAUUAUUGGUGCACCUGGGACUCCGUAUCAUGAUGGACUGUUCUUCUUUGAUAUUUACCUACCUCCGGACUAUCCUCAUGAGCCACCUAUGGUCUACUAUCACUCUGGCGGGCUUCGUGUCAAUCCCAACUUGUAUGAGUCAGGAAAGGUCUGUCUUAGUCUCUUAAAUACAUGGACGGGCUCUGGAAAUGAAGUGUGGAACCCCAAAAGUUCCACGAUUCUACAAGUUCUCCUCUCUCUUCAAGCUCUUGUGCUCAAUGAAAAGCCUUAUUUCAAUGAGGCUGGAUAUGAUGCGCAGAUUGGAAAAGCUGAUGGUGAAAAGAACUCAGUUAGCUACAACGAGAAUGCUUUCCUUGUCACCUGCAAGUCCAUGUUAUACCUACUCCACAAGCCACCCAAGCAUUUUGAGGCACUCAUGGGAGAGCACUUCGGUAAAAGAUGGAAACACAUUUUGUUGGCUUGUAAGGCGUACAUGGAUGGUGCACCCGUUGGUUCUGCGUUUCAACCCAAAAAUGAAGACGAAGAACCAAUAAAAGGAAGCUCUACAGGGUUCAAGAUUAUGCUUGGCAAGCUUUACCCUAAACUCGUGGUGGCAUUUUCUGACAAAGGCAUCGAUUGCACUCAGUUGUCCGAUUAAGAGCAGCUAUGAACCUAUGUAAUAAAAACCUUACCAAUAUGUUUACAAUUUCAGUAUUUGGACUGGCCCUGAUGUGGUUUUGCUAUGUUAAUUUAAAGCGUGCAGAUGUGUGUUGUGGGCUUGUUUGGGGAGGGGGAGGGGUUUGUGAGUAAUGAGUAUUUGAACCAUAUUUGUGUAUAUAUGCAUUGUAACUGUAAUAUAUUGUAGCUUGAAUAAAUGGUUGAACCUUGUGACUGUAUGUUUA